AUGUGUAUGGGUCAUCAAUCUCAGAACAGUUCUAUAGAAUUAAAAGCAAUGAAAUGUGAUCCUAAUGAUGGUAGUAAUUCAGAUUUAAUUUUCAAUAUAAAACUUGUUGGUGAAAACGAAAAAGAAGAUAAGGUGUUUGUAAACAGAGCAUUUAUUUCGGGUGAUUCAACAAACAAUCCUAACUUCUUUAAUAGACAAAUGAAAAAAGAAGAAGCAAGAAUAAAUAAAUAA